CCCGUUCUACACAAGGGCGAAGGAGAAGAAGAACCUGCUGUUUCGUAUAAGCAGUUUUAUCGAGUUCCAAAACAGGGCAGCCCCUGUUUGUACUUUGCAGCUGCUGUUUUUGUUUGAAGUUUUCGGUUCUACACCAAGAGAUGGUGGAGAGCAGUGUAGAGGCAAGGAAGAUGCAAAUUCUUGUCCAAGAGGAGCAGCCAGCAGCUGUUUUUAAGCAACGAGAAUCCGAUGAGCAGCGUGAUAAUCUAUUUCACAGCCGAUGCUUUGUCGAAGGCAAGUUAAUUUCGUUCAUGAUCAAUGGAGGUUGCUGCUCAAACAUCAUCAGCCUAUACGCCGUUCAAAAGCUUGGAUUGACGACACAAAGGCAUCCAGCGCCUUACCAACUCAGCUGGAUCAACGAACACGGUACGAUUAAUGUUACGAAGCAAGUCGUAGUUCGUUUUAAAAUUGGUGGCUACGAAGAUGAGGUAAUUUGUGAUGUUGUGUCGAUGAAUUAUGUUCACCUAAUACUGGGUCGACCUUGGCAAUUCGACAGAGGGGUUACCCAUAACGGUUGGGAGAAUUCCUACACAUUCAGAUACAAAGGUAGGAAAAUCAAGCUGAAACCUCUUUCUCCAGAUGACGUUUACACUGAUCAGAAGCAAAUAGAGGAGAAUCAAAACGAGGGAAAGGAGCCUCGGGCUCAAUUAUGGAUUCAACGACGUAUUGGCUUCAAUUUUAUGAGCUUUCGAAAGCUCCCGAACGCAACUCCAAUGCUCGAAUCCGGCGACAGGCAUGACCCCUGUUUUGCGCUGCCAAAACAGAGUUUCGACUCUGGUAUCCCUGCCGACGCUGAGGAAGAGAAGACAGAGCCCGAAGCGGCCAGAAUAACGUCUCUGGAUCUGUUGGGAAGGAUUGAAAAUCGAGGAGAAGCGCUGGAGCCGGCUGCCGACGGACGAAUCGGCCUGGUGACGAGCCACGCAGAGUUCCAGUCUGCCCCGGCAAAACAGAGGAAGAGAGAGGGGCAAUUGGGUAGCAACCUGGGGAAUGAUCCGAACGUAGAAACUGAUGCCAAAUCGUUCCAUGAUUCAUGGAAAAGCUCUCCUAUCAAGGGGAUUACUUCGACGUUCCCUAAUUUGCAGGAUGAUGAUCGAACUAAAACACCCCUGGCGGAGCUCGCACACGAAGAAGAAAAGGUGGAAUUGGGUGGAAUCUCCGACGAAGAGUCGAACUUCGCCGCCGGUGUAGAAAUAGUCACUACCACCCCAGAAACAUCUCAAGUUUAUUCGUUCGACAUGAUUGUAGCGGAUUUUGAAGAAUCAAUUCGUCCAGCAAGGCCUCUGUUUGUGAAUAGCCCUGCCGACGACGAGCCUCUCUUACGUAGAGCAAUUGAGCUCAAUUUGAGCCAAAUCAAGGAUGCAGAAUCAUUCAUGGGGAUACAUGGAAUGUGUAGGAUGCAUCAAUUCGCCUCAAACAUGCUUGGAUUGAAAAACCCCAAAUUCGAAAUCGAUAAUCUGGGUUUGAAAUUGGCCGACGGCGGGAAUGGAAGAGGAGCGGAUUCGAAGGCAAAGAUGAUGAUUCGAGACUGGAAAAUUGACCCAAGCUUCAAUUGGAAGCCUGGGGAAGAUCGUGGAGUGGAUGAAUUGCGCUGGGGAUCCUCGAAACGAAAAGCCCCAAUUCAGUCGAAUGAGCUCAACGACGGAGAUGAAGUCCGGCGACCUGAAAAUAGUUUCGGCCUCUUUCCAGUGCAAUUGUUCAUCGAGGGAGAUUUGUUUCGAGCCCAGAAGGAGUGCCCAACAGCUAUGCAAGUUUCAAAAUCCCUGGAGAAGCUUGGAGGUGAGUUUGAAGCUGAAAAUUUUCUGUCGAAAAUGAUGAUUGAACAACCUACUUUCGAUCCAAUUUGGGAUCAAUUCUGUGAAUGGUUUGAGCAACAACACGCUAAAGUGUUGAGGGCAACACCUUUUGAAGAGGGAGAGCCUGAUAUGAUCCAAAUUGGCCACUUCUACGAGUCACAAUUACUUGCCAAAGAAGCUAUCAAAGUUGGGAAGAAGAAAGGCAGUAUUUGGCCAAGUCAAAAUCCGUGUUCAGGAUACAUACUUUGGAGGCAUGGUUCUCUCAAUUGGCUUGGUGGAAAUUCUAUUUUAAUAGUUUGUUUCGCAGAUAAAGUUGCCAAAUUUCCAAUGGUAUGCUUUGUGGAUCCAGAUGAUGUCAUUAAGGUUGUUUUCCAAGGCCUUCAAGUUGCUACCUCAAAACUGGAAAACUGCCAGAAAAUGGUCAAGUCUGGAAACUGUUUUGUGAAGCCUACUUUGGAGCUUGAUUCGAGGAGUAUGGAUCUGAUUCAAGACCAAAGGCUUCCACAACAUGAAACUAGGUAUGUUUAUGUACAAAGGGAAGGAAUUGGAUGAAGGAUUGGAGUUCGGGAAGGCUUCGAACGAAUGGCACGAAGUUACUACGAAAGCUGAUUUUUGACUGUUUGUUGGCAGCUUGCUUGUGCUUCAAGAAAGGGAGUUUAAACCC